UUAACACAAAUAUAUAAAAGUUCAACACCAUCACUUGCACGUGUGCAUCUAUUAGCACGUGUGCGUCUUCCUUUCUCUCCGUGUCUGAGAAUAUGUCCACGAAGCAUCUUUUUUUUCUAUUCUCUAUUAAUAGGGAAUCAAACAGAGACUCUGGUUGCAUAUCAAACGAAAGGAUCUCCAUUAUUUAUCUUCUCUUGCAGAAUCCCAAUUUCUCAAUAAAUAUAAAAAGAAAAAUCACUUAUUUUUAGCUAAGUUGAACCAAAUUUGGUUUUGGAAGAAGCAAUCAAAAUCGAACCCACCAUGAGAGGGCUUUCUUUCUUUCUUAGAAACUUUGCAAAUCUAAUUUCUUUUCUUCUUCCUUUACUUGAUAAACUUCCUGCAAAAUUGCUUCCUGCGAAGCAAUUUGAGAAAAUGGUUUCUUUGGUUUCUCGUACUGGUCGCCAUCUCCAACGUUAUGAUAGAGGAUGUCGCCAAGUUGUAGGGUGUAUUCCAUACAGAUAUAAGAAAAGUGAUGAUCCAUCUUCCAUGGAUAAAACUGCUGAGAAUAUAGAAGUUCUUGUAAUAAGUGCUCAAAGGGGUAAAGGAAUGUUGUUUCCUAAGGGAGGAUGGGAGCAAGAUGAAUCCAUGGAAGAAGCAGCAGUGAGAGAAACCCUAGAGGAAGCAGGAGUAAUUGGCAAUGUUGAAUGUGAAUUAGGGAAAUGGCAAUAUAAGAGCAAAAGGGGUGGAAUACUCCAUGAAGGCUACAUGUUUCCUAUGCUUGUUCAAAAGCAAUUAGAUCUCUGGCCAGAAAAAGACAUCCGAAAGAGAAGAUGGGUAACUGUGACGGAAGCUAGAGAAGUAUGCCAAACGUGGUGGAUGAGAGAAGCUUUGGAGGAAUUAGUUCGCCGGCAAAUAGAUUCUGAAAAGCAACAACAGCAAGAACAGGAAGCAACAAAGUGUAAAUAGAAUCUUGUUUUUUAGUUCCUAACUGUAGAUAUGCCGAUAUCCUCAGUGUAACUUCGAUUCUUUAAUUCUUUCAAUUCAGUAAAUUUCGAUCCUUUAUUCCAUA